CGCUGCCUCUCAGGAAUGUGGUAGCGAGCGCUUUAAAGACAUCCCACUGCUUUUUUUGUGGCUGGUCAGCUGAUCAGUGACAUUUAAAAGGGCUGCUCGUUUCUCGCUAGGACACAAACACAGACUCCAUUCCGCACAGAUCUCCGUGUGGUGGAGGGUGCAAAACGAAACCAAAAGUAUUACCAAAGAUCUGUGUCUAUAGAUAAACUUUUCUCUGCAUUACGAUGGCCCCAGGUCAGUUUGAGCAGAAACCACAGCUGGGCGACCUGAUAGAAAUCUUCCGUGGGACAUAUCAGCACUGGGGCAUUUAUGUUGGAGAAGGAUACAUCAUUCACCUGGCACCACCCUCUGAGCAAGCCGAAGCUGGUGCCUACAGCAUGAUGUCUGUGCUGUGUGAUAAGGCAGUGGUGAAGAAAGAGCAGCUCUGGGAUGUGGCUGGCACCGAUAAGUACUCCAUUAACAAUCUACUGGAUGAAAAAUACGAGCCACGUCCCAUCUGUGUCAUCCUUCGGGAAGCACACAGCUUUUUGGGACAGGAGCUGCCCUACUGCGUAUUCAGUGGGAAUUGUGAGCAUUUUGUAACGGAGCUGAGAUACGGGAAGGCAGAAUCUCGGCAGGUGCGGAAAGCUGUGGAAGUGGGAGUAGGAGUGGGUGUUGCUGCAUUAAUUGGUGUAGGAGUUGUCGCCAUUGCAGCAGCCAUUUUUGGCUCAGACAACAAGGAGAAGAAGCGUAAACAAUGAAAUCACAGAUGGGGAGUAGCUGUAAAGACAAACACCAGCAGGCCUUCGGGCUGGACCUAAAUCUUCUAUGCAGUAAACAGCCAGCCACUAAAAUGAUUUUAAUUAAGCAAAUAUAUAUAUCUUAUGACUUCGUAAUGCCUUGUACUGCCCAAAAAAUGAAGAGAAAAAAAAAAGAAAAAAAGAAAAUAAAAAAAAAAGAAAAAAAAAAAGACAUGAGCUGGUCUCACCAAUAAGCUACAGGUGUGUAAGCUAAAAUCAAUUUAAAAUUUACUUUAGUUUUACUUAAACAAUGGGAUUUUGAUAAUUAAAAAAAAUAAUAAUAAAAUAUAGUAUAGGGUAUAUUGUGGUAUACAAAUUGUUAAACUGGGGUUUAAUACUGUAGUUCAAGAGGUACAAGGUGAGAUACAGGGUGGGGGUCCAAGCAUUAUUAAUCUUUAAUAAAUCUUACCACCCUCAGAAUUCUAACAACACUAUUACAAAAACCAGGCUGACCCUUUCAUUACCCACCAGUCCAGCAUCUUCUGUUUCUGAUGAGUUACUAAUUUGAGUCAUAGGUUGAAAUCAAUGUUUACUAAGCUUAUAAUAUGAAAUAUAAACUAUAAAAUAAAAAAAUCAUGAUCAAGUUUAUAUGUUGGUGCCAGCUCACCUUUGAAUGUGCAACUGUGCUUUGACUCUGAAUAAAUUUGGUUAUGUUUAAUUA